GUUCCCAAACUUUGGUCCUCCAGGUGUUUUGGACUUAAAAUCCCAUAAAGCCUCAACUGUGAACCACCUUUUGGCUGGGAACUACAACUCCCAGAAUGCCAAGAAGAAGAAGAAAAAGAAGAGCUUGCUGGCCCGCUGUUUUUUUCUUUCGUGUGCAAAAAAAUAAAGUUGUGGGUUUAUUUUUCCCAGACAAAGAGGGGGGAAAGGAAAGCCCAAGAUCAAGGACAAUGGUUCUGAUUGCAAAAGUGGAGAUGCUUGCAAAAAUCUGCCAAAAUGCAAACCCUGGUUUACAGAGAAGGAAACAGAGAAGAGAAAACCCAGUUUCCUAGAAGGUCCCCCUCCUGAUUUGGACAAGCCUUUUCCUGUCUUGUGUCUCCUCCUCCCCUGGAAAGUGAGUCUUGUGGAUGUACUUUUGUUUGCUUCCUCCUUGGAGCAGCUGGUUAUUGGGGAGCCCCUUUUGGAAGGAAAGACAGGGAAGAAAAAAAAAGUCACCUUUUCUGGAAGAAAUUGGCUCCGGUUUUAUUGCAGAGCAUCUGACUGUGUCAGUCACCGUGAGGCAAUUCUUUCACUAAGAACCCGGGAAACGUAGACUCCCCUGCACCACAUUUGCUGGAUCCUUCCAAGAAAGUCCAUUUCUAGAGCAAAGACAAGGAUCCCUUUCAGAAGCAGGAGGGGAAAUGGCCGCUGCCGAGGGAGCUCCUCGUGUUCUCCAGGAGAAAAGUAUCCGGGAGUUUCUCCAGAGAAAACCUGGGGAAGAGAUUAAACAGGAACCCUGCGAGGGUUUACUCCAGCAGCAGGAGACCCAGUGGCAGGAGUUCCUGAAGACUGUUGAACCCCCUGUUCAGUCAGGACGGGAGGUCCCAUCGAUACCGGAAGAACCCACGCCAUGGGACGAUGCCAAGGCCUUCCUGGCCUCCUUCGAGCAAGUGGCCGAAGCCUGUCGGUGGCCCAAAGAGGAAUGGGUGACCCAACUCCUUCCAGCUCUCAGUGGUGAAGCCAAGCAGGCCUUCAACCGUCUCGAUACUGGAGACCGGAAAGAUUACGGGAAGGUCAAGGCCACCAUCUUGCAUGGGGACGCCAUCAGCCGGGAGAAGCAGCGCCUGAACUUCCGGCAUUUCCGCUACCAGGAGGCCGAGGGGCCAAGGGGGGUUUACAAUCGGCUCCAUGAACUUUGCCGACGGUGGCUGAAGGUCGAGAGACACUCCAAGGAGCAGAUCCUGGAGCUGCUGAUCCUGGAGCAGUUCUUGACCAUCCUUCCCCCGGACAUCCAGACCUGGGUGCGAGAACGUGGCCCAGUGUCCUGCACCCAGGCAGUGGCCCUGGCGGAGGAUUUUCUUUGGAUGCAAAGAGAGUCUUUGCGAUGGGAACAGCAGUUCUCCCAGCCAUUUCAGGCAAAGACAGCGGUGGCACACUUGGGGCCAGGAGGCAUCUCAUUGCCUGAGGCAGAGUCAGCGUCAUCUGAAGGUGGACAAAGACUUCUGAGCAUGGUGGUCAAACAGGAGGCCAACUCUGGAAACCUCAGUUCACAUGAUGAUGUUCAGCAGAAUGAGAUUAGGAAGGAACUUUCUGCAGGAGUCCCAUUAGAAAGGAUGGAGCAAGAAGAGGUAGAGGAAAACUGUGGAAAUCAGAGGAAAACAAGAAACCACCAAACAGACAAAUGGAAGAAACCCCCCAUGGUUUGUCAGGGUGUUGCAUUCCAUAGCACAUCCAACCCAGAGGACAAACAAAUUGAAAAGAGAAAGUAUAAGUGCAAUGUCUGUGCAAAGGUCUUCGGUUAUAAGUCAAGUCUUAAGUUACAUCAGAGAAACCACACUGGGGAAAAGCCCUAUAAAUGCCUGGAAUGUGGGAAGAGCUUCUAUCGGAAUGACAUCCUUGCUUCACACCAAAGAAUCCACACAGGAGAGAAACCGUAUAGCUGCUCAUAUUGUGGGAAGAGCUUCUGCGAUCUGUCCACCCUUAUUAAGCACCGGAGAAUUCACACUGGGGAGAAGCCCUAUGUAUGUAUGGAGUGUGGCAAAAGCUUCAGUCAGAAGGCAAUCCUUAAUUCUCACCAACGAAUUCACACGGGGGAGAAACCGCAUAAGUGCAUGCAGUGUGGAAAGAGCUUCAGUCGGAGAACCCACCUUGCUUCCCAUCAAAGAAUCCACAUGAGAGAGAGGACAUAUAAAAAUGCAGACUGUAGCAGAGGCUUUUCUGAGCAGCCUGGUCUUAUUAGUCAUCAGAGAAUACAUGUUGAUGGGAAGUAGUAUGAAUGUCCCCAAUUUGAUCAAAAUCUAAAUCAACGUAUAUCAUGCCUGGGGCAUCAGAAAAUAUACACAGCAAAUGACACUAUAAAUAUUUUUCAUUGUGGAGAAAAACUUAACUUAGGAGCACCUGAUAAUACUUUGGAACAUUUGAGUAACUGACUGAUUGACUAGUCUCCUAGGACAAGUUAUCUUCCCCUUCUGGAGAGCAGAUGAGUUUAGUAGGGCUUAGAACGAAAUUUGCUCUUGCCAUGGAAAGGAGAGUGUUAGAAAUGCUUCAGUUUCCACCUUUCUAUGGAGAUAAGAACUGGAGAGACUAUAUGUUUUGGAUCAGAAGUCAAAAUAACCUUAACAGAUUAGAGUUGGGCCAGAACUACCAAAAUGAAUUGCAAGGUACUAUACUUAGGCUGAAAAAAUGAAAUGCACAAAUAUCGGAUGGGUGACACCAGGCUUGACAAUAGUACAUGUGAAAGUACAAUAGUACAUGAUUCUGUCGUCAAUUUUGACAGACCAGAUAGAAUUACAGUCGGUUCUUCAAUCAAAGCAGGCAAAAAGGACAUGCGCCUUGCUGAUUGUGGGUGUGCAUAGACUAAAGUUAUAUCUUCCCCAUGGUGUUCAAACAUGCGUUGAGCAUGCCACUUAAUCCAAUUUCCUUGUGUUUCCUUACAAAUCGGGACUAACCCCACAAUUAUUUUGACCCACUGUUCACUUAUUUUUGUGGGUGCCUCCAUUUUCUCUUGUUGCUACUUAUUUAUACUUCCAACAAAAACCAAUGUUUUGGUUUCCAACUCGUUUGACUCUCAGUUCCACCUCCUCAGAAAAUCCUUUGAGAUAAUAUUGUGCUCCCUCCAACCGAAUGACCAAACCAAAAACAGCGUGAAAUACAAACAAGGGCACAAUGAACUUAAAAAAUCCCCAUCUCCCUCCUUCAAUUCCACGUUGUCUUUGAACAGGUUUUCCCAUUUGAGCGUUGCUUGUCCUGAUCCCCCUGUGCGCUGGUUUAUGAGGAUUUUCUAGUGGUCUUCCAAUUAAAAGUCUUAUCAAAGAACAAUUUUCAUACUUACACAGCAGACAAAAGGUAAUCAGGAGAAGCAAGGUUACAAUCACAAUCCAGAUCUCUGCUUCCGAUAAUUACCCCUUCCUGAAAAAUUUCCACCUUUCUGAAAAAUACAAAACACAUUCAGGUUAAUCAUUUUCUUUAUACAGUUUUAUUUGAUUCCCAGAAACUUUGUGCAUCCAUUAUAUACAUAUUCACUGUUCAUUACUAAAUAAGAAGAGUCCCUCAAUCCCUCCCCUUCUUGUUCUUUCAAAUAGGAAAGAACAUAUAAUUAGUCCAUCCUGGCCUGAUAGGAAAGUCAGCAUUUUCCCUAGGUUGUCAUAGCUUAAUUCUCCUACUAAAUUCUCCAACUUUAGUAGUUCUGAAUUUUUCUCACAACAUUCAUCUCAAACAAACUCUAUUCCCUUUGUCAAUAAUCUAUUCAUAGGUCUUGUAAAUUCAGUGUAUUGUGGAACACAUGACCGAACAAAACCAAAAGCUCCCAUUUUCUUUUCUUCCUUGCUUCCCUCCUUCAUCCUUCCCCUCUCUAUCUCAUUCUCAUCUGGAGUCAGCCCUUGGCCAUUGCUGCCAGAUCACCUCUGCCAACUUUUUCCUUCUCUCCCUCUCUCUUUUC